AUGUACUGCUCAAAUUGUAAAUGUAAUCAUUCCGAAGAUAGAUUCAUUUGGGAAGGUACUCGGCAUAAAACUUGUGGAAAAUGCAAACCGGCUGCAACUACAAAUUCAACUAUUGAAUCAGCCAGACAGCCUGAAGAUAUUGAUUAUGACACUAUCGAUAUCCAGGAGGAAGACAUUAAUGAUAUUGUGUGU